AUGGCCCCGUCCUUGCUCACUGUGGACACGGUGUGCAGCUAUGUGUCUGCGCAUUUGGCUGGUUUACCCGAUGCGCCUCUCCUGAAUGGCUCAACUUUGACAGCCGAUGAGGUGCAAGGUGGUAAUCUCAACUAUGCCUUUGCUGUACGAGAUGCUUCCGGCAAAGGCGUGUUCGUCAAGCAAGCGCCGGACUACAUCAAGGUGCUAGGGCCGGAUGCGGCGCUCACGCGCGAGCGCAUGCGACUGGAGGUACAGGUCUAUUCGGAGUGGACGCGAAGCCCCGGUGCCGCUGCCUACUUCCCGCGGGUCUGGAAGUUCGAUGAAGACUCCAUGGCCUUUAUCAUGGAGCUCUUGGACAGCCACGAGCUUCUUCAGAAACACCUGUUCCAGGGCCAUGUUCAAGAGGCUGCGGCGAGAUCUCUGGGCGAUUGCAUGGCGCAGAUGCACAGCAGGACUCACUGCUCAAAGAUUUCUGCCGAAGAGUGCCAGCGUCUAUCCAAAGCCUACGAGAACCGCCUGAUGCGCGACAUUCAGCUGGAGUUUGUUUUCUCCAAGUGCUACCGAGAAGAUGCACGAGCUGAGCACCUGCGCAGCGAUGCAGCUUUCAUGUCGCUCCUGGAAGUGGUCAAGGAAAUCUACAAUGGGCAGAACACCAGGAACUUGGCCGUCUGUCAUGGCGACCUUCAUGCGGGGAGCGUGAUGGUGGGUGGCGAAUCAGCAGCCGUGAAGAUCAUCGAUCCCGAGUUUGCCAUCUUCGGCCCACCGGGCUUAGACGUGGGCUCCCUGCUCUCCACCUAUGCUUUGGCCUACU